GCUUCGGGCGCAUUUGCUGCAGCAAGCGGGCUGGGCGGCGCAGAGAGCCCAGCUUGUUGGUGUUCCUCUCGCUCGCCCGGUGCCGCAGUGCCAGGGCCUUCCCGCCUCCGUGUGAAAGACCCGCCGUGCGCACAGAGCUCGGGCCGCGCGGGAAGCUGCAGGAUGUCGCGGCCGCUGUCGGACUACGAGAAAAGGAAGCAGAUUAGCGUGCGGGGCCUGGCCGGGGUGGAGAAUGUCACCGACCUCAAGAAGAACUUCAACCGGCACCUGCACUUCACGCUGGUGAAGGAUCGGAACGUGGCCACCCCCCGGGACUAUUACUUCGCCCUGGCGCACACGGUGCGCGACCAUCUGGUGGGCAGGUGGAUCCGCACCCAGCAAUACUACUACGAGAAGGACCCCAAGCGGAUCUAUUACCUCUCGCUGGAGUUCUACAUGGGCCGCACACUGCAGAACACCAUGGUGAACCUGGGGCUGCAGAAUGCCUGUGAUGAGGCCACCUACCAGCUGGGCCUGGACAUGGAGGAGCUGCAGGAGAUCGAGGAGGAUGCAGGGCUGGGGAACGGGGGCUUGGGGCGCCUGGCAGCCUGUUUCCUGGACUCCAUGGCCACCCUGGGACUGGCCGCCUAUGGCUAUGGCAUCCGCUACGAAUUUGGCAUCUUCAAUCAGAAGAUCUCUGGGGGCUGGCAGGUGGAGGAGGCUGAUGAUUGGCUGCGCUAUGGCAACCCCUGGGAGAAGGCCCGGCCUGAGUACAUGAUCCCCGUACACUUUUACGGGCGCGUGGAGCAUGGGUCAGAUGGCACCAAGUGGGUUGACACACAGGUGGUCCUGGCUCUUCCCUAUGAUACACCUGUUCCUGGUUACCGCAACAACACUGUCAACACCAUGCGCCUCUGGUCUGCCCGGGCCCCCAACGAGUUCAACCUCAAAGACUUUAACGUUGGUGGAUAUAUCCAAGCCGUGCUGGACAGGAAUUUGGCCGAGAACAUUUCCCGUGUGCUGUAUCCUAAUGACAAUUUCUUCGAGGGCAAGGAACUGCGCCUGAAGCAGGAGUACUUUGUGGUGGCAGCCACUUUGCAGGACAUCAUACGCCGCUUCAAAUCCUCCAAGUUCGGCAGCAGGGACCCCGUCCGCACCUCCUUUGAUGCCUUCCCUGACAAGGUUGCUAUCCAGCUGAACGACACUCAUCCCUCCCUUGCCAUCCCUGAGCUCAUGAGGGUGUUGAUUGAUACUGAGAAACUGGACUGGGACAAGGCCUGGGACAUCACAGUGCGGACCUGUGCGUACACCAACCACACAGUGCUGCCUGAGGCCCUGGAGCGCUGGCCUGUCCAUCUCUUGGAAACCCUCCUGCCCCGGCACCUGGAGAUAAUCUAUGAAAUUAAUCAGAGGUUCCUUGAUAAAGUCUAUGCCAUGUUCCCUGGGGACCACGAACGGCUGCGGCGCAUGUCCUUGGUGGAGGAGGGGGGAGCCAAGAGGAUCAAUAUGGCUCACCUGUGUAUCGUAGGCGCCCACGUGAUCAAUGGGGUUGCCCGCAUCCACUCCGACAUCCUCAAGAAGACUGUUUUCAAGGAUUUCUAUGAGUUCGAGCCGCACAAAUUCCAGAAUAAAACCAAUGGCAUCACUCCUCGGCGCUGGCUGGUUCUGUGCAACCCUGGGCUGGCUGAAGUCAGAGCCGAGCGUAUCGGGGAGGAGUACAUCUCUGACCUCGACCAUCUGAAAAAACUUCUGGCUUUCGUGGAUGACGAGGGAUUCAUCCGGGAUGUUGCCAAAGUUAAACAGGAGAACAAGCUGAAGUUCGCCGCCUAUCUGGAGAAGGAAUACAAUGUGAAGAUCAACCCCAACUCCCUCUUCGACGUGCAGGUGAAAAGGAUCCAUGAGUACAAGAGGCAGCUGCUCAACUGCCUCCACGUCAUCACCCUCUACAACCGGAUCAAGAGGGAUCCCAACCAGCAAUUUGUGCCACGAACUGUCAUGAUUGGCGGCAAGGCUGCCCCUGGCUACCACAUGGCCAAGAUGAUCAUUAAGCUGAUCACGGCCAUUGGGGACAUUGUCAACAACGACCCCGUCAUCGGUGACCGCCUCAAGAUGAUCUUCUUGGAAAACUACCGCGUCUCCCUUGCUGAGAAGGUGGUCCCUGCGGCUGACCUGUCCGAGCAGAUUUCCACAGCUGGCACAGAGGCCUCAGGCACCGGUAACAUGAAGUUCAUGUUGAAUGGGGCACUGACCAUCGGCACCAUGGAUGGUGCCAACGUGGAGAUGGCGGAGGAAGCGGGCGAGGAGAACUUCUUCAUCUUUGGCAUGCGGGUGGAAGACGUGGACGAGAUGGACAGAAAAGGUUACUGUGCUAAAGACUAUUAUGACCGCAUCCCAGAGCUCCGACAGGUGAUCGACCAGCUGAACAGCGGCUUCUUCUCCCCCAAACAGCCCCAGCUCUUCAAGGACAUUGUCAACAUGCUGAUGAACCAUGCCAGGUUCAAAGUCUUUGCGGAUUAUGAAGCCUACAUCAAAUGCCAGGAGUCUGUGAGUGCCCUGUACAAGAACACCAAGGAAUGGACCAAGAAGGUCAUUAAAAAUAUUGCCACCUCGGGCAAGUUCUCCAGCGACCGCACCAUCGCGCAGUACGCCCGUGAGAUCUGGGGGGUUGAGCCCACACGCCACAAAAUCCCUGCACCUGAUGAUCCCCAUGAAUAGCCCCCCAGUGGCCUGCUUGCCUCUGCCCCCCAACCCCUUCCACCAGCCAAGCACCACCAGGUUCCAACAAAUGACAGACAAUGUGCUGGCUUCCUCCAGCCCAGACCAUCUUCAUCUCUCCCAUUGUAUGUGGGGACCCCUUCCCCUCUCUGCAUGGGGAUCCCCCUGCACCCUACCAGGAAGAACUGGCCAUUAAUUCCUGCCAAGUUGAGGAUAAGCAGGGGGACAUGUAGAUUCCUGUCCGCUCCCAGAUUCCAUGGGGUUGAGAGGGUGAAGGCCAGAGAAAUGGGAUGUGGAGGGUUAACUUCCUCCUCCUCCUCCUCCUCCUCUCCCCCAAGGCCCCCAUAGCAUGGUAUUUAUUUAAGGGUGUGAAAUCCUCCAUUUUACUUCCCCCAUCCAGCCCUUUAGGGGAUGAACACCCAGCUGUGUUUUGGGACACACAUGUUCUGUAGGUUAAAAUCCCAUGGUGCUCCAUUUAUUAACUAGGCCAAAGGUGUGGGAAUUCCCUAGGAGAGGAACGGUUGGAAUUGUCCUUAGCAGGCCCCCAGCACUGUGACCCCCUCCCUAGUGCAUCACUUUGGCACCCUGCUCCACAUCCCUCCCCCCCUUUGUGUGUGAUUAUCUGGGGUGGGUGCCUUGCCUUUGCUGCUCUGGUGUGGUUUUCAAUUUGGGGGCGAUCAGUCCUCCCCUAUGGAGACUUUUAAAAUAAACAGUCAAUUCACACACACACCCACACACUCACACAGAGCUUUGAUAUCUGUCUGCACAGCUGCAAUCCCCUCCCCUCAUUCGCCCCUAGGUGCGCUUUACCUGGUGCUAACCCCCAAGUAGCCCAUUGCUUCCCCAUGGAGAGUUUUGUUAUUUUCUUCUUGGUUUGAGGAGCCAGCAUGUGUGGGGGCCAGGACCCCUGGAUUCCAGCCCAAGCUCUGGCAGGGGUGUAGGAUCCAGUAGUUAAACCAAGGAGGGAGUGGGAAUCAUGAUUCCUGGGUUCUCACCCAAGCCCAAUGGCUGCACCUCAGUGAAUGCUGUUUUGCCUGGGACAUGCACCUUCUCUGCCAUAGCCAAGGGAGCCCAGGUGUCCUGCCACAUACUUGCUGGCUGUUUAGGGGGCAUUUUUGUUUAUAAUUUAAAGAAUCCUUUAUAACUUAUAGCAGGGCAUCUGUGCAAAUACCCAGUGACUUGCACCUCUUUUAAUCAUGGGUGGGUGAAUGGAACAUGCUGGGGAUUUGUUGCUAAUUAUAAUGACAGCCCAAAUAUGUGUGUCCCCGUUCCUGCGUACGCUGGAUGGGAAUCGAAGGAGCUGUGGGGUGUCCUGCUCCACUCCCCCCUUUCCCUGGCUGUGGAGGGCCUGGAGCUGGGAGCCAGCAAUAAAGACAACACUCAACACCCUC